GAUCCGUUGCAGCUCGCGAAUCCACCUGCAGCUCGACGUAUCUUGCAAGCUAUGACCAUUACAGCCGACUUCAAAAAGAAUUUGGAACUGGCACUGGCUUGGUUAGCGUACAACGAGGAGAGGCAUCGCUAUGCCGACUACAUUUUUCAGUCGCUCCUUUUCGAGGCUUCGGACGACUUAAACAAGGUAUGUGUUCCACGCUGCCAUUUUGUCAGUGGUGUAAUCAAGAAUCCCCAAGAGAUACGGAUUACCAUCUUUUAA